AUGUUCACUACAACAUCUAUCGCACUGCUCUCCGUUCUCUUCUUCGCUGCAUCAAGCGUCCUCUCCAUGCCCACCUCCUCCAAUGUCACGCUCUCCACCCGUGACGCAGGACAGACAGUUCACUGUGGCACCACUUCCGACGCUACUUUAUCCGACUGCCAGGCACUCGUCGAUCUCGACACCUGGAAUGCCGCUUAUGCUGGAACAUCGAACACUUGCCACUACACCAACAUCCCCUUUGCAGAGUAUAACCAAGUCGCAUACAACGUCGCUUGCCACGGAAACUGCUGCGCUUACUACGCCGCCGGACCACGUACCACCGUCAGCGUCGACUCCACCACCAUCCGUGAGCGUGCAGCCAGCCUCCUCGGAUGUGGCGACAGCAGCUCGAACAAGAUCAACGGGCUUGAGGUCUCAGACGGUGAUGGGUCUGGUGUAUGCUUGAGCAGCGGAAGCGGAUGUGGAGAUUGCUUCGACGAUGCCGAUUUUACUUCUGGUUCAUAG